AUGAUUGUUGAUGUGUUUAAUGUUUUUGACCAGCCUUUCUUUGCUUAUGCUCGUAUUAUCCAGAAACUUGGUUUCCCAGCUAAAUUUAAGGACUUCAAGAUUCAGAACAUUGUUGGCUCUUGUGAUGUUAAGUUCCCUAUACGGUUAGAGGGUCUUGCAUAUUCCCAUGGUGCUUUCUCAAGCUAUGAACCAGAGCUAUUUCCGGGUCUAAUCUACCGAAUGAAGCAGCCUAAGAUAGUUUUGCUUAUAUUUGUCUCUGGAAAAAUUGUUCUAACAGGAGCCAAGGUGAGAGAUGAGACUUACACAGCUUUUGAGAACAUAUAUCCUGUGCUUACUGAGUUCAGGAAAAAUCAACAAUGGGUUUGA